UGUGCACACACACACACACACACGUGUGCGCGCACGCGCGCGCGCGAUUCGCGAAUAAGCGGAGGGUGAAAAGCGGUGACAAAUGGGCGACGGUGCGGAAGCCAGAGAGCCAGAGAGCGGAUGGAAAAGAGAAAAAGAUUGUCAAAACGCAGUUGUGGCACGAUUAUCGUCGUCGGUCGUCGUUCGUCGCUGCUCGUCAGUUGUCCGCUACUCUGCUCUCGUCCUCCCAGCCCCAACGCGUUCAUCGAACGCGAUGGUGUUAGGGGCGUAAGAGGGAUGCGAUUACGAGGACCUCUCGCGAAAACACGUGUUCUACUACUAGCUACUAAAAGAAUCCUCGCGUCUCUUAUUUUGUUGCGCGCGUGCAUGUGCGAAGCACCGCGGAUGGUGCGUGCCUUCCUAAUAUACCCGUUUCAACCGUUGCAAAUGCUCCAAAGCAUUUGCAGCAUCAAUUUGAUCGCACCUUUGAUAACAUGUACAAUAUUUAAGCAUUGUCUACGUACCUAUUUUAAGAAUUAAUCUAUAUGAGUAAUAACUUUCGAGUGCAGUGGGUUUAACCCAAUCCAAGGCGGGUUAAUGACGUCACACACUAUAUAUAUUUUAGCUUCUAAUUGGACGAUUUCAGCAUAUGGCUGAGUCAUUAACACGAGGGCUGUAAGAUUAAACGGAUUAAAGAUUAGAUAAGUUUUCCAUUAUUUUUCUUUCCAUGACUAAAUUUGAUUAGAUAAACCUUUUAUUUUUGGGGGAAGGCCUCUCUCCAACAAGAAAUAUUGUUCUGUAAUUAAAUAAAUGACAUCACUCUAAGAA